AUGAAUUACUCUCAAUACACUGCCUUAAACGAGGACGCAGUAUCAGAAUUAUUUAAGCGAAGGCUUGAAGAGCUACAGAGGAGUUGCAGGCGCAGCUACCGGCAACCUAUUGUCGGCCAUAGACAGCUGGAUAUGUAUCAACUGUUCAGGGCUGUGCAGGCCCGGGGAGGAGCCAAGAAUGUCACACAGUGGAAGGAAAUAGGUAAGAAGCUGGGUCUUCCAGCCAGUGUCACCAAUGCUGGGUAUACUCUUCGUACCAAGUAUGAGUCGUAUAUUCUUCCAUACGAAGAGAUACUCUGCAACGAGUUUCCCCAAAUGGAGUUUGCUGAUCCAGGUCUGAGCAGCACACUCCGGGGAGUUACCAGUAUCUCUGCGCCCAUCUCAUUGACUCCGCAAGUGAAUAGAGUCCUCGAGAAUGUCCAUUCUCCACCAUCUCUUGCAGAGCAGGUACAUGCUGUCGGUGACGGUGUCAUGUUUGCUAGCGACGAUGCGCUGUAUCGUCAGCCUUUGCCAGGCUUUCCGGUAACAGUCAGCACUACCACUACUACUCAGCCUCAGAAUAGCUCCUCUACCCAAUUCCCAGCAUCAAAUAACUGGCUUGUUAAGCAGUCGGAGAUCAGACCACAUGAUUCCUCUGUGGCAAAUCUUAAUACCUCGUUCGAUGCCAACGAACAAUCUUCUAGCAAUAAUUUAUCAAAAUUACAAUUCAAUCCGAAUCAAGGAUUGUUCAACCCUUCGCAAUCCUCGUAUGACUUUCAACGUCUUCAACUUGCCACUCAAUCAUCCGGAAAGCAAAUUCAGUAUCAUGCCGCCUUGGCCAGACCGUCCAUGUUGAGGAGAUUGCAGAUAAGGAAUCAGAAUUUUACAGACGAAAAUAUAGUAACCUUUUUGAACUCACUUCCGCCCGUUGAGCUCUUGGUGAUAGGUUCACUGCGGAAUUUGACCAGCAUGUUUGAUCCUUCCCUACUUCCGAUGUCCCUAGUCAGUCUCCAGUUAGAUGAAAUUCCCUCUCACUUGCUUGAGACUGCCCUGCAGGUUGUUAAAUCCCGAAACAUUCAGGAUCUAUCCAUUACCGUUUACAACCCAGAGGCAAAGUCCACGCUGGUAGAUAGAUCAAAAUGGGAAGGCCACGAGGUAGCAGAAGGAGGGAGCGUAUCUAAUACCAUGAUCACACACAGGCAUGAGCCCUUUACGACGUACAAUAGCGCAGGAAGCAUGCACCAAGAGCCAUCAGAAUACCCUCGCCAGCACAUUGAGUUGCAUGCAACAAGUCCUCUCAGAAAAACGACUUCUAAUGAGUCCAGCUUGUCAAUAGACCAAGGACCUGGUGCUAUCGUAGAUUAUUCUGAUCAUUCUAACAUUGGGCACUACUCCGAUUGGCACGAUCAUAUUAACGACUUUGGGUAUUAG